AUGCACAUAGAUUUUUGUAUUAUCUCUAUUACGCAGAAACUUCAUUCCACGGAUAACGUCCUCGAAUCGUCUUCAGUGACCCAAUCCGGAAACAGUGUUCCUACCGCUUCCAACAGUCCAAAAGCAUCUUUGGCGAAUGCCUCACCCUCGCACAUCCCAACAAACUCAUCCAGCUUUCAACUUGGGGAUCGGGUACAAGUAUCUGGAGGUCGUGUGGGUACUUUACGUUUUCUCGGAACUACGGAAUUCGCUGCUGGUGAAUGGGCUGGAAUAGAGUUAGACGAACCGAUUGGAAAGAAUGACGGUUCUGUUGCCGGAAAAAGUGGUCUUCGUUUGUCGGCCUCCACCGUACUUCUAUUUAUAAUCGCUGUCCUUCCGAAGACGGUAAAUCUGGUGUCUCCAAUUCUUUGUAUCCGCAUCAAGGAUCAUUUCACUGUCGAAGUAGACUGGCACCAGCCAUACAAAUAUGAUCAUCAUGACAUCUUCACUCGACUGAAGGAUUGGAUGACGUCAAUUCCGGAUCUGAUCGCUCCGGAUCAAUAA